CGCUUCCUCUUCCGUCCUCCGGGUGUCGGGAGGUGAAAGUCCCCGCGCCUCGCCUCGGCCCCUGCUGCCCGACGGCUGCCCGGCUGCGAGGUCCAGGGUCCCCGGAGUCCCCCGAGUCCGAGGCGCCGAGCCGCGUUGGCAGCGGGGAGGCGCCCUGAGCACCAGCGAGGCCCCGCGCGGUCAGCGGCGCGCCCCGGGGGCGCACGGCCGGGCGCGCGACGUGGGCAGGGCGCGGACGGACGGGAGGAGCGGAGAGCUUUCCUGCGGGAAGAUGAGGAAGCCGGACGUGAAGAUCGUGCUCCUGGGGGACAUGAACGUUGGGAAGACGUCGCUGCUUCACAGGUACAUGGAACGGCGCUUCCAGGACACGGUCAGCACUGUGGGGGGCGCCUUCUACUUGAAGCAGUGGCGCUCCUACAACAUCUCCAUCUGGGACACGGCAGGGAGGGAGCAGUUCCACGGGCUGGGCUCCAUGUACUGCCGAGGAGCGGGUGCCAUUAUCCUCACCUACGACGUCAAUCACCUGCAGAGCCUGGUGGAGCUGGAGGACAGGUUCCUGGGCCUGACGGACACAGCCAACACUGACUGCCUCUUUGCCAUCGUGGGGAACAAGCUGGACCUCGCUGAGGAGGGGGCUGCCGAGGACCAAGAGAACGAGCAGGACAGCUCCAGGGAGGCCGGCGGUAGCUGCGUCCCAGCCAAAGUGCCCAAGCAGGUGAAGCUGGAGGAUGCGGUGGCACUUUACAAAAAGAUCCUGAAGUACAGAAUGCUGGAUGAGAAGGACGUGCCAGCUGCUGAGAAAAUGUGCUUUGAGACCAGCGCCAAAACUGGCUACAACGUGGACUACCUGUUCGAAACCUUGUUUGAUAUGGUUGUGCCGAUGAUUUUACGGCAGAGAGCCGAGGGGCCGCCACAGACGGUGGUUAUAAGCGAUUAUGAAAAGCAGCCCAAACAGAUGAAGUCUGGGUGCUGUGCCUGACGCUCAGAGGGUCCCCCGGACAUCCGGUUUGCACGUAGGGUAAGGAGUGUGACCUUGCGGAUUGUGCAAUGGUCAGAAGGGAGCACAGAAAAUCAAAGAAUGAUUUUAUGGAGCAGUACGUGGCGGAGAGAAUCUGAAUGGAAGUGACAGCUGUUUAUUAAGAGAAGAUCAAUGCCAGCAGUCUCCUCAGUCUCCGUCUGGUGUGUUAGGAGGUGAGGAAUCAAACGAAUCAUCUGUUAAAGCCUGCCUGCAGAACAAAGACACGUGACCUUCUCUCCUGCCCCGAUGCUCUGUGAUGGACUCGGCCGUCCUCUCGUUACCUGGACUCUGACGUCUCUCUUCUUCCACAGACGGGAGCUUUGCGGCGCGUAUCUGACCUGACAAGGCACACUCGGCUGCCGUCACAUUAUAUAACUUUUAUGUCUGUUGUUUGCAAUCAUUGCUCUUCACGGUGAUUUAUUUUUGGUCCGACUGUUUGGUACUUGUGUUUGUAUGCAUAUCGCAAUAGUGAUUCUCUACACAUUAAUUGGUAUGAAAUCAGGAAGAACUGUUUUUAUAUUGGUUGCUGCAGCGCAAGCUACACACAUUAUUAAAAAAGAUUUUGGGAAAAA